AUGGGGACGCCUCCUUUUCACGUCUGCGCCGCAUCCGAGGAGGCGGAGAUCCAAAAGGCUUUCAUGGGCAUCGAGAGGCCGCCUAAAGCCAAGAAGAAGAGCAAGCCGCUGAACCUCCAGAUCCACGGCAGCGUGGGCAGCUGCGAGAACCUGCCCACCUUCCUCCCCAGCCAGCGCUCGCCCCUGCACACCGAGCGCUGCCUCAGAUCCUUCUUCCUACCCUCCUUCGUGCCCUCCACGCCGCCCGUGCGCGCCGAAACGCCCUCCGCAAACACGCUGUCAGUGCCUCGCUGGUCCCCACAGAUCCCCCGAAGAGAUCUGGGAAACUCCAUCAAACACAGGUUUUCCACCAAGUACUGGAUGUCACAGACAUGCCUGGUGUGCGGCAAGGGAAUGCUGUUCGGGCUCAAAUGUAAAAACUGCAAGCUCAAGUGCCACAACAAAUGCACCAAAGAAGCUCCGCCCUGCCACCUACUUAUCAUCCAGCGAGGCGGCCGAGAUUCCCUCAAAGACCAACAAGGAGUGACUCAAGUGGCUCGUCUGGUGCGCACCGAGUCGGUGCCGUGCGACAUCAACAACCCGCUCAGGUACAGCGACCUGCUUGUCAGUCAGACUCUGCCCAAAACCAACAAAAUCAGCAAGGAUCACGUUCCGCCGCCGUACCAGCCGGACUCCAGCAGCAACCCGUCGUCCACCACCUCGUCCACGCCCUCGUCGCCGGCACCGCCGCCCAGCAGCGCCACGCCGCCCUCGCCGCUGCACCCCUCGCCGCAGUCAGCGCGACAGCAGAAGCACUUCAACCUGACCGCGUCCAGUUAUUUCAAGUACAAACAGCAGUUCAUUUUUCCAGAUGUCACUCUGGAAGCUCCUCCCAGCAGAGGACCGCAAGUCGUCCUGCAUCCCGUCCUCUCAGAGCCAGGCGAGGAGGGAAAGCCUUUGCUUCAAAUCGAAGUGGAGCCCACUUCCGACAACGACGAGGGUGACGAGGAGGAGUCGGGCGACGAGUUUGAGGAGAUGAACCUGUCGCUGCUAUCAGCCCGCAACUUCCCGCGCAAGGCCAGCCAGACCAGCAUUUUCCUGCAGGAGUGGGACAUCCCCUUGGAGCAGCUUGAGAUGGGCGAGAUGAUCGGCAAGGGUCGCUUUGGCAAGGUUUUCCGCGGGCGCUGGCACGGCGAGGUGGCCGUCCGCCUCAUCGACAUUGAGCGCGACAACGAGGACCAGCUCAAGGCCUUCAAGCGUGAGGUGAUGGCCUACCGCAACACGCGCCACGAGAACGUGGUCCUCUUCAUGGGCGCCUGCAUGAGUCCGCCGCACCUGGCCAUCAUCACCAGCCUGUGCAGGGGCAGAACGCUUUAUUCGGUGGUGCGCGACAUCAAGGUCGUCCUGGACGUCAACAAGACGCGACAAAUUGCACAAGAGAUGGUCAAGGGCAUGGGCUACCUCCACGCAAAAGGCAUCCUCCACAAGGACAUGAAGUCCAAGAAUGUCUUUUACGACAACGGCAAGGUGGUCAUCACCGAUUUCGGCCUCUUCACCAUCUCGGGGGUCCUGCGAGCCGGCAGCCGGCGAGAAGACAAGCUGAGGAUCCCGAGCGGCUGGUUGUGUCACCUGGCUCCGGAAAUCAUCCGCCAGCUCUCUCCCGAUACCGAGGAGGACAAGCUGCCUUUCUCCAAGCAGUCUGACGUCUUUGCGUUCGGCACCGUGUGGUUUGAGCUGCACGCCCGCGAGUGGCCUUACAAGAGUCAGCCGGCCGAGGUCAUCAUGUGGCAGGUCGGCAGCGGCAUCAAGCCCAGCCUGGCCCACGCCGGCAUGGGCAAGGAGAUCCUGGACAUUUUGCUGCUGUGCUGGGCUAUGGAGCAGGAUGAGCGUCCCAGUUUCUCCAAGCUGGUGGAGCUGCUGGAGAAGCUGCCCAAGCGCAACCGCCGCCUUUCGCACCCGGGACACUUCUGGAAGUCGGCCGAGUACGUCAAAUGAAAAAGCGCCCGCCCACCCUCGAGCGAUUCUUUGCGGGCAAUGCGACUGUUGUACAGUUGAGUGCGCGUGACCAGUAUCCGUAUAUCCCCUCGGCUCAUUUUCUCCACGUUGAGCUUUAAUGGCCGUUGGGUUCUUAUUUCUUUUCCUCGUAGCUUUUGCUUGUCAGCGCCGUACCGCAUGAAUGCUUUCUUCCGGACGUUGAAAUGUGAAAGUGACGAACGAGUUCUUUCGUCUUCUCUGGAACUUUAACAAAGUUUUACUCUUCUUUUUUGUAAUGACUGGCUUAUGAUUUGCCCCAAAAUGGAAAAUGUCGUCUGCCAAGUGAGCUUUUUUUUUUUUUUUUUAAUCAAGCACCAUUGUGGCUCAAUUGAUUGACAGGCGCCUCAUCUGAGCUGCAGCACCCGCCCCCACCCCCACCCCCCCACCAAAAAGCAAAACAAAACAGACAAUCAUAUCAUGCUCCUUCAAAUGGUUGGCUCCGAAAAAUAAAAGAAAGGAAAGAAGAAUCAAAGCUUUUUUGCUGCUGCUGUUUUUGUGACUUUUCACCAGGACUGGGCAACACGACAUUCACGUACGUACGAGAUAAAUUUAGCUCAGGAAAAAUUGAAGACAAAAGCAUCAAUCAAAAGCAAUGAAUCCCUUUUUUUUCGAGGACAAUUAGCCUGCAAGGCGGCGUAUUUUCUUUGACAAGCCAUUCAUGAGUAUUUGAGGAUUUCCUCUUUGAUUUUCUUUCUUUUGUGGGGGGUGUCAAUUAUUCUCAUUGGAUUUUCUUGGCCAUUGGUGGCGCCGCUGCCAACCGCAAGCAACAUUGGAGAACGUCGGAAUUUUGCAGUGCUCUCUUCUUUUCACUUCCAACAUUUGCAUUGAUCCCAAUUUGUACUUUGACGCCAUUCAAGUAUAUAUAUGCGUUGUUUAUAACGAUCCCUUGCCAAUAGGGGACAGGGAGGCUCAAUGAGGAACAAAAUGCAAAUGAGCAUCGAGUUGCCAAAUAUGGAGAAUCAAACAUUGGUGCCAAGUGUACAGAAAUGAUUGUGGACCAGCUUAUGAUGAUGGUGAUGAUGUUUAGCAAUGGAAUUCUUUUUGCGUUUUGUUUUCCCCUUGGACUCUACUUUUGAAUGUAGAAGAGGCUGUCGUUGCUCUUUGCUUCCGCUCAUUUUAUUUCCUGGAUGUGAUUUUGUCUGGUAGCUUGUAAAGCAAUGUACAGCGCCAUUGAGCAUACCGUUUCAGAAAUUGUGAGUGUGAAGGACGCCUUCUUCUUUUUCUUACUCUUCUUCUUCUUCUUCUUCCUCCAGCUGAUUUGCACUCAUUCUUUGUCAAUGUUUGUGAAUGACAAUAAAAAAAAGAAACUCU